AUGUCCCGUGACUCCCUGAGUGCAAAAUUUCCUUUUAUAACAUCAAAGAGUUUCUUUUCUUUUGUAACUAAUUCCACUGCAACUCACCUUUCGAUAUCAUUCCACGCUUUGCCUUUUAUGUGUUUACAGUUUCAUGUUUUUGAUUCUUUCUUUGAACGUUCGUUUUUCUCUCUUUAUUUUCUUUCGUUUUUUAUUUCUUCACAAUCCCCUCUUUUGAAUCUUUCUUCCUUUCUUUUUCCUUUCUUUCCUUACUUUCCUUGUUUGUUUGUUUCUUUCUUUCUUCACUUUCACGCUUUUUUUCUUAUUUCUUUGAAAGUUCAUUUUCGCCCUUUAUUUUAUUUUUUUGAUUUUUUAUCUUUUUCUUCCUUUCUUUCUUUCUUUGAAUGUUCAUUUUCUUUUUCUUUCUUUCUUUCUUUCUUCAAGUUUCCAUUUUUUCAUUUAUUUACUGAAUCAGAUUUUACAUUCCUUCAUUCCUUCCUUCCUUCCUUCCUUCCAUCCUUCCUUCCUUCCUUCCUUCCUUUCUUCAUUCCUUCGUUACUUACUUCCUUUCUUUUCAUCUUUCUUUCGUUACGAUCUAAUUUUCACUUUCUUUUUCUUUUCGACUUAUUUACAGACUUUCUUUUUUACCUAUUUGUUUACAGUCUUUCUUUCUUUCUUUCUUUCUUUCUUUUCGACUUAUUCGUUUACAGUUUUUCUUUCUUUCUUUUCGACCUAUUUGUUUACAGCCCUUCUUUCAUUACAAUCUCCUCUUUGACAUCCUGUUAUCUUUUUCUUUCUUUCUUUCUUUCUUUCUUUCUUUCUUUCUUUCUUUUCGACUUAUUCGUUUACACCCUUCUUUCAUUACAAUCUCCUCUUUUGACAUCCUGUUAUCUUUUCUUUCUUUCUUUCUUUCUUUCUUUCUUUCUUUUUUCUUUCUUUUCUUCUUUUUCGACUUAUUCGUUUUCUUUCUUUCUUUCUUUCUUUCUUUCUUUCUUUUCGACCUAUUUGUUUAGUCCUUCUUUCAUUACAAUCUCCUUUGACAUCCUGUUAUCUUUUUCUUUCUUUCUUUCUUUCUUUUCGACUUAUUCGUUUACAGUCUUUCUUUCUUUCUUUCUUUCUUUUCGACCUAUUUGUUUACAGUCCUUCUUUCAUUACAAUCUCCUCUUUGACAUCCUGUUAUCUUUUUCUUUCUUUCUUUCUUUCUUUCUUUCUUUUCGACUUAUUCGUUUACAGUCUUUCUUUCUUUCUUUCUUUCUUUCUUUCUUUCUUUCUUUCUUUCUUUUCGACCUAUUUGUUUACAGCCCUUCUUUCAUUACAAUCUCCUCUUUGACAUCCUGUUAUCUUUCUUUCUUUCUUUCUUUCUUUCUCAAUCCAACAAUAUUUCUUAUUACUUCAUUUAUUCAUAUAUUCUUUUGCUGUUUAAUGCUUUCUUUCGUGUUUUUCUUUUUGUUUCAUCCUUCUUCAUCGUUACACGUUAUUUCCCCAUCUUUUUUUUUUCAUUCCUUAUUCAUUUUUACUUCUUUGCAAUUUCUCUUUCACUUUAAUUUUUCUUUCUUUUUUUUAAUUUUCUUUCCCCAUCUUAUUUUUCUUUUCUUUCUUUUUAUUCGUUUUUGUUGUUACUUUAUCAUUCUUUCUUUCUUUAAUUUCCUUUGCCAUUUUCCUUCUUUACUUACGUUUUUAUUUCUUUUUUCAUUCUUUUAUUUUCCGAGUUUCCUUCUUUUCUCUUCUUACUUUUCAUUCAAGUUUUUACUUUUUCCACGCUUUCCUUUCUGUUUUUUUUUCAUUCUAUCAUUUGACACCUCGCUCCUUCAUUUCAAGAUCUCGACUCGUGUCAAUGACAUCGACUACCUCUCUUUCUUUUCUGCUUUUCUAUCCUUUCUAGUUACAGGUAUUUUUCUUUCUUUUCUCCUCUUUAUUUUUUUAUUAUUCAUAAUUUGGUUUAUUUCUUUUUUCUCACUUGUUUCUGACGUCUAUUUUUUGAACUUUCAAUCUUUGCUUUCUUUCCACCUUUUCUUUUUCCUUUCAUUCUUUCUGUAUCCUUUCCAUCCAUUCCUUUUUUUUUCAUACUUUCCCACCUUCUUUUCUUUCCUCUUUUUUACCUUCUUUCUUUCUUUCUUUCUUUCUUUCUUUCUUUCUUUCUUUCUUUCUUUUCUUUCCAUCCUUCGUUCUCUCAUUCUUUUUCCUUCCUUCCUUCCUUUCCUUCCUUCCUUCCUUCCUUCCUUCCUUCCUUCCUUCCUUCCUUCCUCUUCUUCUUUUCUUUUUCUUCUUUCGUUUGUUACAUUCUAUCCUUUAUUUCCACCAUUCUUUCUUUCUUUCUUUCUUUCUUUCUUUCUUUCGACCCAUCCUUUCUUUUGCCCUUCCUCUCUUUAUAUUAAUAAGAAUUCCUAA